AUGAAAAAAGAAAUAAUUGAUUUUGAUAUUAAUAAUGAAAUUAGUUAUUCAAUUGAUUUAAAUAGCAAUGCUUGUGAUAUUAACACUAUUAGAAAAGAUGAUAAAAGAAAAGAAAAUUUACUAAGAUUGGUAGAUUCGAUUACUUAUAAAAACUACAAAAAUGUUAUUAUAAAAGUACUGGAAGAAUAUAGAAAUGUAGGUAUAAUUCCUGAAAAUGAUAUAAAAUAUUUGCCUUAA